CCAUACCUGAAGAUGCUCCCGAUUGAAGUCAUGUUACUUGUCUCUCUGACCCCGUUGACCAUACAUGCAACCCCUCUAAAACCUCGAGAUCUUCCCCUACCAAACCCUCUCAGUUCCUUGAAAAGCGUGGCUAGCGGGAUCCUUAGCAUCGCGACCGCUACAGACGGGUUCUUUACUGCAGGUCCUGGGACAACGACGAUUUCGUCAGGGCACGAUCCACUGGUAGCCACGACGUCGUCUUCGGCAACACAGACAGGCGGCUCGAAAACGACAGGUACAGAGAAUGGGUCAACAGCUACGGUAACUGGAACGAAUGGAGGAGGUACACAAACUGGAGCAGCGUCUGGGACAGCCACGCAAUCAGCCUCAAGCAGUGCUCCGGACUCCGACAAUUCGUCAACGUCGGGGAGUCUCAACACCAUCAGCACAGGCUCGGGCUCAGUUGGAUCACCAAGCACUUCAGCAGUAUCAGGCACAGGCUCAGGGUCAAGCGCCACCGCGAAUUCAGUCGUGCCUACGACGACCGGAGGAGGUGGCUCGUCUGGGUCAGGUAAUGGCGCCGGCUCAUCUUCCGGCUCAGAUCCAGAUCCAGAUCCAUCCGACCCCAACAGCGGUUCCGGUCCGUCAACGUCUCAAAAGUCAACCAAUUUAUCUCCCGGCGAAGUUGCUGCGGCCGUAAUCCUCCCUGUAUUCGCUCUGCUCCUCGUACUCUUCCUGCUAUUCCGCUUCUGCCAGCCACUACGCAAAAAGUACACGACCUGGCGCCAGACACGCCUCGAGCGCUCUGCGUAUCGCCGCGCGCUCGAUGACCCAGUCAUGUCAUUCACCUCGCACCGGCACUCGCGCGGCAGGCUGGGAAUGAUACCCCGGCCAUUGAGUUUUGGCUUCUCGAGGCCCGCGGCAGAGCGGAUUGAGCGGAAACCUCUGAAUUGGGAUGCGGGUCGGAUCGGGGAGAAUGGGAUCUUGGGGAUUGGGGUUGCUGUGCCGCUGGGAGCGCACCAGCGAGAACAUAGUCACAGUCGCGCGCUCAGUCAUGCGAGGACGAUGAGCAGUAUAUCAGAGGAGAGCGAACCGAGGAGCAGAUACGAGGAUGCAAGGUCGGACUAG